CACAAGUAACUCAUUUCCCUGUGCAGAAAAAGAACAGAAAUACAAAAUGGAUCUCCGUAAAAUGAAAGAUGACGACAAAUUGGACUUGUGCAGGAAAUACUAUCUUGGUGGCUUCGCCUUAUUACCUUUUCUGUGGUUCAUCAAUUUUGUAUGGUUCUUCAAGGAAGCGUUUAGGCGACCAGCAUUCGAACAGCAGAAGCAGAUAAAAUCAUAUGUGAUUCAAUCGAUAAUUGGGACGUCAGUAUGGAUUGCGUUAAUAACGGCGUGGGUCGUGAUAUUCCAAUUAAACCGAGCGAGCUGGGGUGCGACGGCAGACUAUAUGUCAUUUAUUAUUCCUAAAGGUGUAUCGUGAGGAUUUUGUAUUUGGUCGAGAUGUGUGUGAGACUUUUUUCAGGGAUGACAUUUAUGAUUUCAUGGAGGAUUUCUGUUUCUUCUCCGGGUUUCUUCCAUUGAUUACAGGGAUGUCAAAUUUCCGAUUAUUGGCUAAUUUCAGACUGUUUCCUCUUGCUAAAUGCUAAACUUGUCAGCCGGUAUGGAGAGAUCUCUCUCUCAGGUUUCCAAGGAUCUUUGAAUUUUCAAAAUCGGACCAAAAAUAAAUGGUGCCAGCCAGUGCUGAUCAAAGAGGAAGAUUUUCACCCCAAAAAAAUUUCAGACUUUUUGCUUUAGCUCAUUUGCAUCCCUUGGAUCAAUUUGACUGCAGAAAUGUGCCUCAAAUCGAACAAGUGUGGCUUUUUGCUGCUAACUGUUGCAUUCUUAUUCAAAAGCUGCCACCUCGUGGAAAAUGUAACGAUAUUCUAGAAUAACCCAGGUGCCCUAUUAACCUACGCUUGGUCAUCCAGAUAAAGAGAUCCAGUUGUGGCUCAAGUCUUUAUUUAGACUAGCUGAACAUGGUUAAAAUAACUAAAUUGGUGAUUACUUCUCAUGUUGCUCAUUGGCUACAUAAUCAUUUACCUGAGGGGAACUCGAAACUGCUACUAUUUAUCAAUGGAAGCUUUAUUCCCGCCUUAGGUUUUAACCGGGUCGUUCAAAAUGAUGUGGCGGCACACAUAAUAUUGAACUAACCACGAUUUUCACUGUAAUCAAAUUUAAGUACUUAAAAUGUCUGCGGGGAGGGAGAUAACAAAAAUGUGCAUGUUAUGUGGAAGAGUAGAAAGAGGUAUGGGGACAAAGGGACCCAGAUGUAAUGUGGAAUGGCAUGAUGUUUAAGUUUGCUGUAAAAAUUGUAAAUAUUGAUAUUGUAAGAAAUUUGUACAGCUUAAUAAAAAGUUAGUAAAGUA